AUGGAUGCGUUUUUGCAUGAGUUCAAAGCCGCCUACAACGAGGGAAAUGGCUACAGUGUGUCUAUGACCCUUUAUCCUGUCGCCCCUGCUUCAAACCCCAACAGACUUCGAGAAUUCUAUCGAAGUACAAAUUUCGAACAUGUCAAGAAAGAUAUCGAAUAUCGACUUCUGUAUGAUGAUCGAUCUCCGUUGAAUUGUUCGGUGGAAGAAGGUCGGGCAUGGGUGGACGUUUACUGCGCCUUUUGGAAGUUCAUUGGUUUCAUGUCCAAUGCAGAGGCUGCUCCUGAAGAUAACUCAAAGGAUGCAUGGACAAAGGUAUAUGAAUCAUGGAAAGAAGUAACAAAUGCUCUUCAUCGUGGUUAUAGUGCCUGCGGAUUUGAAGCUUGGACUGUACCUUGCUUAUAUGUAGCUGGCAAAUAUUUACGAAUCUUUGCCAUCAAAGCUGAUGAAGCAACUGGCACCGUAUCGAAUGCAGCUAUGAAUUACCAGGAUGAUUUGAAUCCAGAGUCAGAGACAAACGAGAAGCUGGAAGAUGCUGCUCGACAACUGAAUCGCAUAUUCACAUUAUGUCUUAGCGACCGAGCAUCCCUUGAAGAAUCUAGGAAAUGGGCUACUUACAAUAUUAUCAAUUUAUUGUUCAAGACCUACUUCAAACUAAACUCUAUCGGAUUGUCAAGAAAUAUUCUCAAUGCGAUUCAAGCAUAUCGAGGUGAUAUGCCGAGCCUCGAAUCUUUUCCUAUGUCUCAUCAGGUGACGUUCAAAUAUUAUUGUGGGGUUAUAUAUUUUCUUGAGGAACAUUAUGAAGAAGCAGAGAAAUAUCUCACCGAAGCAUGGAGAUUAUGUCACAAGAGUGCCGUCAAAAAUAAAGAACUCAUCCUCACCUACCUGAUUCCCUGUCACCUCCUAACAACCCACACUCUCCCCACUCCAGCCCUCCUCCAACCAUAUCCUAAACUUCAAAAGCUUUUCGGCCCUCUCUCUCGAUGUAUCAAAAAAGGCGACCUUGCCGGUUUCGACGCCGCUCUCCUAGCCGGUGAAAAUGAAUUCGUCAAACGUCGUAUCUACCUCACCCUAGAACGUGGCCGUGACAUUGCUUUACGUAAUCUUCUACGCAAAGUAUUUAUCGCAGGCGGUUAUGAAGAAGCCAAGGAGCCAACUGCUGCACCGGUAAGAAGGACUAGAAUCCCAGUUGCGGAAUUCGCUGCGGCGAUCAGUAUUGGAAGUAAAGAGACAAUGGAAAAUGAUGAAGUGGAAUGUUUACUUGCGAAUAUGAUUUACAAGAGCUUGAUGAAAGGUUACAUAUCACGAGCCCAUGGGAUCGUGGUAUUAAGCAAAGGUGGCGCAUUUCCUGGAACAGGCGUUUAA